AUGACCUCCAGCAACGAGAAUGACCCAGACCACGGCGGACCGGAUGGCGAGGAUGUUCAAACUGGCGGGAGCGCCAAUGAAGCAAUCCCUCGGCCGAAGAGGAUUGCUUGCAUCCUCUGCAGAAAGAGAAAGCUGAGAUGUGAUGGGAACAAGCCGAGCUGUGGUACUUGUUCGAGACUUCACCAUCAGUGUGAGUACUCCGAAGAGCGCAAGAAAAGUGGUCCGAAACGAGGAUAUGUCAAGUUGCUGGAGGCGCGUCUCAAACAAGUUGAGAAUUUACUCGAAACGAGAGAGACCACUGCAGAGUCUGCACCUCAGCCAACGGAAAGAUCGACGGCAGCAGAAGUGUUCUCUUCGAUACCGUCUUUGGAUAUCCCUAAUAUCGGGGAUGCUUCGAUGACGGGAAUUAUGCAUGACAGCAAUUUUGCUGACCCGUCUCUCGGGGGCAUGCAAGAUUUCACCAUGAACGCCAGUGAAGAUUUUUCUUGGGAAAUGAUAGGUCUGGGCCUGGAGGAAGCAUUGCCCACACGAGAAGUCAUAGACGAAAUGAACGAAAUAUACUUCGAGAAGAUCCAUCCCUCAUUGCCAAUGAUUCACAAAGCAAGGUUUCUCUCCUCGAUGGAUCUGGCUCCUCACAUGCGACCGGCGGUAUGUCUUAGAUAUGCGAUGUGGACUCAUGCAUGUGCAAUUACGCCGAAAUACUCGGCAUACACAGAACAUUUCUAUGCGAGGGCUCGAAAAUACGCCGAGAUGGAUGAAAUGAGAGGGCAUGGGGAAAACAUGAUUACCAUUGCCCAUGCACAAGCGUGGUCGUUACUGGGCUGCUACGAGUUCAAAUUCAUGUAUUUCCCCCGGGCUUGGAUGAGUAUUGGAAGAGCCGCAAGAUUGGCGCAGAUGAUGGGCCUUCAUCGGCAGGAUCGGGUUGGUCUCGAUGUAAAACAAACUUUGCCCCCUCCCCGAGACUGGACGGAUCGCGAGGAGCGGCGGCGUACGUUUUGGAUGGCAUACUGUCAGGAUCGAUAUGCCAGCAUAGGAACUGGUUGGCCGAUGGUUAUUGACGAGCAAGACAUCCUCACAAAUCUCCCUGCCAGCGAUGAGGCUUUCAACAAAUGUCAACAGGAACCAACCUUACAAUUGUCGGAUAUAUUGAAUGGAGACGGAGCCUCCUCACUCUCUUCAUUUGGAGGCGUUAUCCUCCUCUCGACCAUAUUCGGCCGCAAUCUUACCCACCUCCACCGGCCCCAAGAUCAGGAUAACGAUCAUGAUCUUAAUGGGUCUUUCUGGAAACGUCAUCGCUCUCUGGACAACAUCCUUCUGAAUACCUCUCUGUCACUGCCUCCAACGCUUCGGUUACCAGCAGGCAUCAAUGAUCCCAAUACGGUGUUCGUCAACAUGAACAUUCAUACGGCGACAAUAUGUUUACACCAGGCGGCCAUCUUCAAGGCUGAUAAGAAUCGAUUACCAGCUCAGAUAAGUGCAGAAUCCAAACGUCGAUGUAUUGUUGCAGCAGAUCAGAUCACCAACAUUAUGAAAAUGAUCAGUCACAUGGAUAUGGCGAUGAUGAAUCCUUUCCUUGCAUUCUGUCUUUAUGUGGCAGCGAGAGUAUUUGUGCAGUACCUCAAGGCCAGGAGAGAAGACACGGCCGUCAAAUCGUCAUUACAUUUCUUGCUGGCCGCCAUGCAGGUCUUGAAGGCCAAAAAUCCGCUGACGGAGUCUUUCCUGGUCCAACUUGACGUCGACCUUGAAGGGAGUGGGCUCGACAUUCCCGCCAAUAAUUCGCGUUGGAAAUUUGGCCACCGACCACCGGGUGAAUCUCCGGCUAACACUGACGCUAUGAAAUGCUCUCCCCUUUUUGAGAUACGUGAGACUCAAGCUCAUGGAACUAAUACCAAAGGCGUUCUUCCUCCCUGGCCCUCAGGCUCAAAUCCCAACUCGUCGGCCAUGAAUAGCACCUACCCGAGCUUAUAUGCUUCGGAAGGGUCGAAUAUCGGCGCCCAACUAGGCCAGACUGCCCCAUCUUCGAUGGGCGAUGGGUUUGAGAACGUCUAUGGGUUCUCAGUACAAUCUGUCGGAACAGAUACGUCCCCUGGCAACUCACACAACGAAAGCCACGGUUCGAGACCACAGUCAAACCACCCUACACCUUCCACAUUGUCUAACCAGAAUUCGUCUCACACGUCCUAUACUUCACCCCAGAACCAAUCAGGAGGCGGUAGCAGCACCAACAGUAUCCAAUCGCAGCAGUCACCCAAUUACAUGUCUGGGGGAUCUCAGAAUUGGAAUAUGAAUCCUACAAACCCACUCGGACCUAUCGCUCACGAGCAACAGCAACCCUUCAAUUUCGCUUCGAUGGGGAUGACACCUGGCCCAACGGGAAUGACCCCAGCUUCGGAUUCUCUAUGGCUGGCCGAGGGGAUGGGUGAUGGUAAUGAAUGGAUGUUCAACUGGCCUGGCUCGACACCUCAACCGCAAUGA